GUCUCUGAAGACAUGUCUCUGCAAGGGUCGAGUGGUGACAAUGCAGGUUUCGUGGAAGAGCAGGAGGCAGAGGAGGGGGAGGCGGGAGAGGAGGGAGAGGAGGGAGAGGAGGGAGAGGAGGGAGAGGAGGGAGAGGAGGGAGAGGAGGGAGAGGAGGGAGAGGAGGAGGAGGAGGAGGGGGGUGAAGCGGCGGAGCCAGGAGAGGAGGAUCCGUACCCAGAGACUAAGAAGUGCCGUGGCGCAGCAGCAGAAGCCGAGAAGCUGACAGAGCAAGAGAGCACUGCGAGGCAUGCCUGGGGGUGAGGGUCUUAUAAACGGAAUGCCAUAAU